UAGCCUUUGGCGGUGAGAAAUGGAAAACAAACGUUUUACUAACAUCAUUUCUUUGUCCUGGGAUUGUGUUUGCUGAUUUCUUCAUAAUGAAUCUGAUUCUUUGGGGAGAAGGAUCGUCAGCAGCUAUUCCUUUUGGAACGCUAGUUGCAAUACUGGGUCUUUGGUUCUGCAUAUCUGUGCCUCUAACGUUUAUUGGUGCAUACUUUGGUUUUAAGAAGAAUGCUAUUGAACACCCAGUUCGAACAAAUCAGAUUCCACGUCAAAUUCCUGAACAGUCAUUCUAUACAAAGCCGUUGCCUGGUAUUAUCAUGGGAGGGAUUUUGCCAUUUGGAUGCAUCUUUAUACAACUUUUCUUCAUUCUCAAUAGUAUUUGGUCUCAUCAGAUGUAUUACAUGUUUGGCUUCCUAUUUCUAGUAUUUAUCAUUUUGGUUAUUACAUGUUCUGAAGCAACUAUACUUCUUUGCUAUUUCCAUCUAUGUGCAGAGGAUUAUCAUUGGCAGUGGCGUUCAUUCCUUACCAGUGGCUUUACUGCUGUGUAUUUCUUAAUAUAUGCAGUACACUACUUCUUCUCAAAACUGCAAAUCAUAGGAACAGCAAGUACAAUUUUGUACUUUGGUUAUACCAUGAUAAUGGUUUUAAUCUUCUUUCUUUUUACAGGAACAAUUGGCUUCUUUGCAUGCUUUUGGUUUGUUACCAAAAUAUACAGUGUGGUGAAGGUAGACUGAAGCAGUCCAGUGUGCCCAGUUAAACAGAAAUAAACUCAUCAGCAAAGACCUGUUUUUGUGACUACCUUGAGUUUUAUCAGCCUCGUAUUUCAUCAGAAGCAACGUGAUUGAUUCUAAAUACACCUCUACCCUUACACCUGUUUCCACAAAAUGUGUUCCAGCAGUAAAACAUCUGUAUUGUGAUUGAUUAAGUAUGUUUUCAGUUGUUCUCAAUGAAGAACAAAUUUAAAUAUUAUGUGCAUUUGUAAAUACAAUAGCUUAAGAAUUUUUCAAUACUCUAUUCAAUGGCAG